GACGGCCGGAAGGAGCCGGGCUCGGCGCUCUUCGCCAGCUACGCCCCGCCUGCCGGUCUGGAGCCGUAUGCCUGGGCCGCCCGAGGGACUGGCAGGGCGCGGGUCACGCUCGACCUGGGCGUGCGGCCGCCUGCGGCCACCCGUGCGCUCUCGCGCAUCGUGAUCUACAUGACCGCUCGCAUGCGCGACGCGCUGGCCAAUGCCACGACCCACUCCUCAGCGACUGUCGACACAUUCCUUUCCACCGAAGCCGUGCCAGCGGGAAGUCUCGGCAACACCAGUGUGAGGGUCGGAGAUAAAAUCGUGAGCGGGGCAUCGCUGUUGGUCGAGUCCUUCUUCGGCCUCUUGCCCUCGGCGGCCCUCGUCCUCGAUGACACUCAGAUGACUCCGACCCAGUCGCUCGGCUCGCUGUCCUGCGCCGCAUGUCCCGCCCACUCCACCAUCUCCAACGCGCCUCGCACCAGCGUCAAGGUCCGUUUUUUUUAA